AUGCCGGCCCCUCAACCACUCGGCGGGCAAAGGCAGAGGCCCAACUUUUUGAUCAUUGUGGCCGAUGACCUGGGCUUCAGCGACUGCGGCUGCUUUGGGUCGGAGAUCGAGACGCCCAACAUCGAUGCGUUGAGCGCGCAGCCAGGUGCCCUCGGAUUCACGUCGUUCCAUGUUGCUGCUGCAUGCUCGCCGACGAGGUCGAUGUUGAUGACGGGCACCGACCACCAUAUCGCCGGCCUGGGCCAGUUGGCCGAGUUCACGCGCGCGUCGGCCGCCCACCGUGGCCAGCCCGGGCACGAGGGAUUCCUCAACCAGCGCGUGGUGGCCUUGCCCGAGCUGCUGACCGACGGCGGCUACCACACCAUCAUGGCCGGCAAGUGGCAUCUUGGCUUGAAGCAGGAGCAUUUCCCGGCGAAACGAGGCUUCGCCAAAUCGUUUGCAUUGCUUCCUGGCUGUGCCAACCACUAUGGGUAUGAACCUGCGUACGAAGAUCCCAUCGAGGAGCCUCCUCGGUUUUUCGAGACCGCCACCCGCGCCCUUCAUGCUGAAGACGACCACUUUGUAGCCCAGCUCCCCGAGCCGUGGUACUCGUCGGACGGCUACGCAAGCAAGAUGAUUUCCUACCUGUCGGAGAGGAGCGAGGCCGAAAGAGCCAAGCCAUUCUUCGCCUACAUGCCCUUUUCCGCACCGCACUGGCCGCUCCAAGCCCCGAAAGAGAACGUGGACAAAUACCGCGGCCGCUACGACGACGGGCCCGACGCUCUGCGGCAACACCGCCUGCACAAGCUGAAAGAGCUGGGUCUGGUCGAGCCACAUGUGCAACCGCACCCCGUCGUCACAACCGACGACGAGCCCGCCGACUGGGAGAGCUUGAGUGCGGACGUGCGAGCAAAGUCCGCCCGUGCGAUGGAGGUCUACGCUGGAAUGGUCGACCGCAUGGACUGGAACAUUGGAAGAGUGCUGGCCUACCUGAAAGAAAGCGGCGAGUACGACAACACGUUCAUUCUGUUCAUGUCCGACAACGGCGCUGAGGGCGCUUCAUACGAAGCCAUGCCGUUGAUUGCCGACGACGUCCUGGCUCACAUUGACAAGUACUACGACAACAGCCUGGACAACAUCGGCCGCGCCAACUCCUUUGUGUGGUAUGGUUCGCGCUGGGCCCAGGCUGCCACAGCGCCCUCCAGGUUGUACAAGAUGUACUCCACCGAAGGCGGCUGUCGAGUCCCACUGGUGGUGAAGCUGCCCAACACCAACACUGACACCAACAUGAAUGAUGCGCCCUCCAUGCCUGGCUUGGGUCAGGAGAGCCGCCACGUGAACGGGCCGGCCAAAUCAUCCCUUUCCGGUGGUGGUGCAGUGACCGAUGCCUUCGCCACUGUCAUGGAUCUUGUGCCCACCAUCCUGGAACUGGCUGGCUUGGAGCACCCGGGCACCUCCUACCAGGGGCGUCCCAUCGCACCCCUUCGAGGUCGCAGCUGGGUUCCGUUCCUCUCUGCAUUCGCCUCUCCAUCCAGCCUCAUCUCCACCACCGGUGUCACGACGCCCGCCAUCCAUGCCAACGACUAUGCGGUCGGCUUCGAGAUCGCGGGUUCCGGGGCCUUGCGCCGAGGCGACUGGAAAAUCACCUUUGUGCCCGCGCCGAGAGGGCCGCAGAGAUGGGAGCUGUUCAACAUUGCAUCGGAUCCCGGCGAGACGACCGACCUGAGAGAUGCACAGCCCCAAGUAUUCGAGGAGUUGCUGGAGUUGUGGCAGGAAUACAAGCAGGAAGUGGGCGUGGUGGGACUUGCAGGGGAAUACGGGUCCUCAGAGCAAGGAAAGGCCAACGGCAACCAUGUCAACCUCCACGAUGAGUUCGAAGACCCGUACGGCUGGAUCAAGUAUAUCGGCAGGCCCCAACACACUCCCGAGAGAUUGAAACAUGUCGUUCCUGUCUAG